AUGCCACCCAAAGGCACUGUCUUCCUGGCAGUACCGCUUCCUCCCUCAUUUCUCCUGCCGCGGUCAUGCCUACAGCCAUCGAAACGAGCAGCACAGCAAACACGAUCUUUCGGCAUCAAGUCGAUAGAACCUCCUAAACUAAACCCGUACAACAAUGCGCCAGGAUUGCCAGGACUGCUAUCUACACCACGAGCUGCAUAUAAUAGGAAGAUUCAAGCCGAUGUACUGCCUCUACGAACAGGUGCUUUAGCGAUUAAAAAGGGCAUGACAGCAAUUUACAACCAAGAAACAGGCGAAAGAAUACCUUGCACCGUCCUCCAGCUCGAUUCAAAUCAGGUCAUACAUCACAAGACGAUGAAGGAACAUGGCUACUGGGCUGUCUGCGUGGGUAUGGGUCGCAAAGACCCCAAGAACAUUACCAAACCAGAACUAGGACACUUUUCAGCCCAAGAAGUACCGCCAAAGCGAUACCUGCAGGAGUUUCGAGUCCGCGAUGAGAUGGGAAUGCUCUCUGUGGGAGAACAAAUCAAAGCAAGCUGGUUUCUUGAUGGACAGUUCGUGGAUACGCGUGCAGACUGCAAGGGCAAGGGCUUUCAGGGUGUCAUGAAAAGAUGGGGCUUUGGUGGUCAACCGAGGAGUCACGGUCACUCGCUCAGUCAUAGGAGUUUAGGUUCCACAGGUAACGGACAAGGCGGUGGUAGCAGAGUCUAUCCAGGAAAGAAGAUGCCUGGUAGAAUGGGAGGCCAGAGAGUGACCGUGCAGAACCUGAAAGUACUGCAGACAGACGACGAGAAGGGAAUUGUCCUGGUGAAUGGUGCUGUUGCCGGGCCGAAAGGCGGCGUAGUCAUGAUUCAGGAUGCACUGAAAAAAGCAUGGCCUGAUGCUCCUCCUCCACCGAAACCAGCAAAGGUAGCUGAAGAGGCAAGAAAAGCAGUCGGCGCAAAACUGGGAUCUGCGCCGCAGGAAAAGCUGAAGACAGAAUAG